AUGUCAGGUAACGGAUUUGCACUUUUGGGUGCUGCAAUACUAGCCACAGCUGCGUACUGGUACCUCUCGAAAUCAGCCCGCCGACUCAGACUCCCGCCUGGACCAAAGCCACGACUUCUCUUUGGAAACCUUUAUCAGCUCCCGAGCACAGAGCCUUGGCUGACCUAUGCCGAUUGGGCCAAAGCCUUCGGACCGAUCGUCUACUUUCAGACGUUGCAGAGGCAGGUUGUCGUCCUGAACUCACUGAAGGCCGCAUCCGACCUUCUGGACGCUCGUUCGCACAUUUAUUCCGAUAGGCCAGUAAUAUGGAUGGCCGGGGAGCUUGCGGGGCGUAAGAAAACUGUCUUUCAUACGCGGUUUUUGGAUCCUCGCUUCAAGUUAUUCCGAAAACUUUUAAACGCAGGACUAAACGCUCGGACUUCACGCAAUUAUCGGCCAAUUCAAAUCGAGGAGAAGAAUGUUUUAUUGAAGGCGUUGGCGACCAACCCAGAGGAUUUUGUUGGGCAUGUGAGAAGGAAUGCUGCAGCAGUCAUAUUAAAGAUAGCAUAUGGCUAUCAUGUAGAUGGAAACGAUGACUUGCUCGUCAAAGUUAUCGAUGAAGGGUUUAAAUUAACCGGAUCCAUUCUCACCCCCGGAAAAUACUUGAUUGAGUCCUUCCCCGCUCUUAGGUUCGUUCCAGAGUGGUUCCCUGGCGCCGGCUUCAAGCGCGUCGCGAAGCAUGCCCGAGAACAACUGAGUCGGAUUGAACAGGUCCCUCUUAACUGGGCUAGAGCUAAUAUCGCGACAGGCGAUUAUGUGGAGUCAUUCAUUUCAGAGUAUCUCUACCCAGAAAGUGGUGAACUGCCUUCUGAGGAGGAGCAGGACAUCAUCAAGUGGUCCAGCGCGGUGCUUUAUGCUGGAGGCGCCGACACGACCGUUUCGAUUAUGACUACAUUUUUUCUUAUCAUGGCACUAUAUCCUGAAGUCCAAAAACGCGCACAGGCUGAAAUUGAACAAGUCACCGCUGGUCGUCUGCCAACGCUGGACAACUAUGAUUCCCUUCCAUAUGUUAUCGCGUUGGUCAAAGAAAUAAUGCGAUGGGGUCCAAGUCUCGCCCUGAGCCUCCCUCAUAUGGUAAUGGAAGACGACAUUUAUGAAGGCUACGUGAUCCCGAAAGGAACAACGAUUUAUGGGAAUAUUUGGGCUAUUGGCCACGACGAGAGCGUGUAUCCGAAUCCCAUGACUUUUGAUCCCAGCCGGUAUAUUGGAGAAAAUCCUCAACCAGAUCCCUACAAAUUUGUGUUUGGAUUCGGGCGCAGGAUCUGUCCUGGUGCUCAUCUCGCUGAGAUGUCAAUUUUUCUCAACAUCGCAAAUAUUUUGGCGACGUUCAAUAUCUCUAAAGCAGUAGACGAAAAUGGCAAAGAGGUGGAGCCGACUGUUGCAUGGACGACGGGACCGACGACGCACCUCAAACCGUUCUCCUGCCAAAUUACACCCCGAUUUGACGUUCUUGCAGCGCUUUCACAAUAA